AUGACAGGCGCCCACGCGCUGCAGGGGGCCGCCGCCGACGGAGACCAGGGGGCCGCCGCCUCCCCCACAGGCCUCGACCUCCUGCCCGCUACAUUGGCGGACCUCGCCGACAGUCUCCGCGCCAUCCGCUUCGAGCUCGCGGAGAUCAAAGCCGGCCAGCACCCGCCGCCCCCACCGGCCGCCGUUCCGGUUCCGUCCACCACCCCGACACCGCCCGCCUCCGCCGCCAGCAGGGGCCGCCCCGCGUGGUGGCCGCCAUCGCCCUCGCCAAUCCCCACAUGGACCGACGCGGCGCCCGUCUACAAUCUGACUGCGGCGCGGACGACAGUUCAGCAGCCCGCCCACACCCUCGGCGGUCCUGGCGGGUUUGCUGCCCCCUUCGCCGAGAGCACGUCCUUCAACCCAGGCCGCCAGGAGGGCGCCCCCGGGGUCCCGCCUCUGGCACAGCAGCCGCCCCGCUUCACCAAGCUGGAGUUUGCCACCUACGACGGCGCCACCGACCCCCUGAACUGGCUGAACCAGUGUGAGCAGUUUUUUCGGGGGCAGCGGACGCUCAGCGCCGACCGCACGUGGAUCGCCUCCUAUCACCUACGGGGCGCCGCGCAGACUUGGUACUACGCCCUCGAGCAGGACGAGGGCGGGAUGCCUCCCUGGGAGCGUUUUUGCGACCUGUGCCUCCAGCGGUUUGGGCCGACCCUCCGCGGCAGCCGCCUUGCCGAGCUGGGACGCCUCGCCUUCACCACCACGGUCCAGGACUUCGCCGACCAUUUCAGGAGCUCGCACGGCCAUGUAAUACGCACGGGCCUACGAGCAGCGUGCCCUCGCCAUGCAGCAGGUCUACGCGCAACGUGGAAGCGCGCGUCCCGCGCUCCGACCCGCCCCGACGCCCACCGGCCCGCCGCGCUGGCCGCCGCGCCCGCGGGCCCUCCUGCGCCGACUCGCCCCUUCAAGGGGCUGACGGCUGCGGAGCAGCUUGAGCGGCGCCGCCAGGGGCUGUGCUUCAACUGCGACGAGAAGUACGCGUCGGGCCACACGUGCGCCCGCCUCUUCUACCUGGAGACCAUCGACGACGCCGACGUUGAGGCCCUCACCGCCGAGCUCGCGGCCGCCACCGUCACUGAGGCCGGUGUCACGACCUACGCGCCGGUCGACGUGUCCGCCUUCGUCGUCUCUCUUCAUGCUAUGGCAGGCAUCAAGACGGCAAAGACGAUGCUGCUCCCGGUGACGAUCAGUGGGGAUCGUCUCACUGCGCUGGUGGACACGGGCUCCACGCACAACUUCCUGUCCAACACCGCCAUGCGCCGCCUCGCUCUCCAGCCGGCGGGAUCGAGGAAGUACAGCGUCACCGUCGCCAACGGGGACCGCCUUCCGUGCAAGGGCAUGGCGCGACAGGUUCCCGUGCUCAUCGGCGAUGAGCCGUUCUCCAUCGACUGCGUCGGCAUCGACUUGGGCUGCUACGACUUCAUCCUCGGCCUCGACUUCCUGAGCACCUUAGGCCCCAUCCUGUGCGACCUCGACAUGCUGUCCCUCAUCUUCUGGCGCGAGGGCGGCCGCCGUGUGCACUGGACGGGCGUGGGCAGCACUGGCACAUCCCCGCAGCUCCAUCUGCUGGCCGCCGCACUUGACGAGGCGCAUCCGCUCCUGGCCGACUUACUGCAGCAGCACGGCGACCUCUUUGACGAGCCGCAGGGCCUCCCUCCCUCGAGACCCUGUGACCACCGCAUACACCUACUGCCGAACACGGCACCCGUAGCGGUGCGGCCGUACCGGUACCCCCAGCUGCAGAAGGACGAGCUCGAGCGCCAGGUGGCAGUCAUGCUAGCACAGGGCAUCAUUCGGAUUCCGACGUCGCCGUACUGCACCCCCGUGCUCCUUGUGCGCAAGAUCGACGGCACGUGGCGCUUCUGCAUCGACUUCCACGCCCUCAACACCGUCACGUCCAAGGACAAGUUCCCCAUCCCGGUCGUGGAUGAGCUCCUGGACGAGCUGCAUGGUGCGCGCUUCUUCAACAAGCUUGACUUGCGCUCGGGCUAUCAUCAGGUGCGCAUGCACCCGGAUGACAUCGCCAAGACGGCAUUCCGCACACGCCAUAGCCACUACGAGUUUUUGGUGAUGUCGUUCGGCCUCUCCAACGCACCGGCGACCUUCCAGGCCCUGAUGAACCACGUGGCCAUCAUCUUCAACGAGCUUUGA